AACACCUGCAUAAAGUUGUUUCCUUAUUAUCGCAGCCCUAGAACUUGUCAGCUGUAGUACACGUUGACGAGAAAACACUUCUUUCCUUCAACAGAACUCGCUUGCUCACAUGCUGCUUUGUAACGUACGAGGAAACUGCUAAGAAUCUUACAAGGCCGACCUAAGGUCCUGAGUAUACCAAGCAGUUGACGAGGCCUCAAAAGUUCACUAGCCACAAAUUGUUUUGCUGUUAGGAUGGAUCCUCUAUCGCAGCCUGAUCUUACCGCUGCUCAAGCCACCGGCCCUAACAAUUUCGUCAGCGCAACGCCCAGCGGUGGGCUGGGCGAGGGCUUGGCGAGGCAACGCCCGACGGUGGAGAGCUCUGCCAUCCUUAAGCUUAAGGGCCUUCCUUACUCGGCAACGGAGGAGGAUAUUCGCCAAUUUUUUGCUCCUUACGAGUUGAAGGGCGUGAGCUUUGUAUAUGAACCGGACGGUCGUCCCAGCGGCCUGGCAUUUGCGGAGUUUGUCAGCAAAGAGGAAGCCUUGAAGGCUCUGUCCAAGAACGGCGAAUACAUCGGGCAGCGCUAUGUUCGGCUUUUGCACGUGCCUCGAUCGGAAAUGGAGGAGCAAGUGCGGCUUGGCACGCUCGCCAUUCCGGGAGCAGCUGCGAAGUUGCGCUCGCGUAUGAUGCGGUCUCAGCAGCAGCGAAAUAAUGCCAUUUUUAUGCCAACCGGACCAGUCCAGCUUGUACCCACUGUUCUUCCGGGCGGACGGCCGAUCAUGACCAUGGGGCCGCCUGGAGCUGGGCCCAACGCAGGCAUAAACGCACCAUAUGGGCAGCCGGGAGUACCUAGCCAGUUGCCGGUUGAGUCACGGCUCUGGCAGCCCGCCUACCAGCAAGCUGCGACCUACCAGCAGCAGCAAGCGGCGGCCCAGCAGCAACCCACCCAGCAGCUCCAAACCCAACACGCGCACGGCUUGCCGUACCAGUCCCCAGCGCAGCUCGCAGCGCAGUUCUCUGGCCUCAGCCUUGCCGGCCAGCAACAGCAACACGGCGCCGCCAUGCAAGCCGCUGCUGCACAGGGUGCUGCCAUGCAAGCCGCCGCGGGGGCCAUGCAAGGCGUCGCCGCAGCCGCCGGCGCAGGUCAGCUGCCCCGUGCCGCCCAGGUCAUCCCCCAGGCUGCCCUCGCAGCCCAGGCGCUUCACCACCUGCCGCCGCCGCCACCUCAAGGCGCGCAUUUCAUCGCCGCCGGCGCGCGCGUGGUGCAGGCCGCCACCUCGCCGACGAUCAAGAUCCGCGGCCUGCCGUACGGCAGCAGCCCGAGUGAGAUCCUGGCGUUUUUCCAGUCGUACCAUUUCCUGCCCGACACGCUGCAGAUUGGGUUGGAUCAGCUGGGCCGCCCCUCGGGUGAGGCGUGGCUGAGCUUUAGCAGCCCUCAGGAGGCCCUACGUGCCGUACGCGAUCUCAACCGUCAUUAUCUGGGCAACCGUUACCUCGAGCUCAGCAUAUGCUGAGCUGUAUGAGGUGCGUCGCCUGGGGAGAGGGUGGUGGUGCUGCAGCUGGUAUGGCGGCAUGGACAAAGAUGGCGGUGGAUGCUGUUGGUUGUCGAUCUUUCUUGUGUGUGGGUUUGGAGGAUUCUUUCAUCUUUUUGGCGGCAGCGCGCGGCGGCGGCAACGGCAGCUACAGCAGCAGCCACCCCGUUGUUGCCUGGAUUUCAGGCGAUAAGGCUGGUCUUUGCACUUUUCCAGCGUAAUCAGUCCUCGCGUGUCCCCGUCAGGCGGUUGAACGACAGGCAUGUCAAAUGAAUGGUGCCUUACUCAACAUUAAGUGGGGGUUUAAAGUUUGGGAGCGGAGGCAGUUGAGUGCCUGCAUGGGGGGCAGCACAGGGCGGUGUUGAGGGUUUUUGGGAGCAAUGUAGAGGGCCCAAUUUUAGUGCAGUAGUCGCGCGGAAUGGACGAGGAUUGGAAGGUGGAAGUGCGGAGCCGUAGGAUGGUCGCGACUGAACGUCACGAUACACGUUCAACUCCCGUGCGAUUGAAUACACAGGCUGGAUGGAUACUCAUGCUGGAUUCUCGCCACACAGCUCGCGCGCCACAGACGCUGUUUCUCUCACAUCCAUGGUACUGGUACGGGAAGCUGCGGUGGCGGCGGCGGCGACGUGGGGGCCGGCGUGGGGGCUUUUUCUUGGCUCCGGUGGGUGCGUGGGUGGUGGCUAAGCGGGUGCGUGCAUGCGCAGACGCACAUGCUCGGGCGUUUACCGCGUAUGUCGCUCAGAUGGGGGGUGUUCCUGUGGAGGUUACUGUUGUUUGGGGAGUUAUCUGUUAUGGGAGUGUAGUGCUCAUUGGGGGGGGGUAGCUGUCGUUGCCAGCACUUCUAGUUGGCUAACGGAGGUGCUUCGCACAAGCCGUUUGUGAAGCGCGGGUGAGGGUACUAAGAGUCUUCCUGGGGAGUAUCCAUAAACGGUUGCCGCUGCCAAGGUCUUCAGUGGGGUGGUCGCAGUUGGUUGUAUCGGCGGCGGCGCGGUUGUGUCCUGUGACCUUUGGCAUCUACUACGCUGGGGAGCAUCGAUUGAGGUUCCAACAAACAACAAAUGUGCAUCAGGACGAGUCCCAGAACGCCUUUUGAGGGGUCAACGAGAGCAGGUCGGCCCAGCGUAUGUGGAUCAGGAUGAUACGGUGAGGACCACUCGCGUCCAUGGACGUCGUUUCAUCAUAAUGUACGUUUACGUGCACCACAGUACGGCUCUUCGUUGCAAAUUACGCCAUCCUGAACUGCUGAUGCUGUUGCGUUGGGUUGGGUGGCGUGUGGUGUAUGGAAUGGAUGUCAAAGACGUGGUGGCCGUGUUUUGUCUAUCGGCGGUUUCGCAUGCAAAUAUCGGCACGCACCACACAUACACACGCACACGCUCAACCCACACACUAUAUUCGCAAGGCUGCAAUGUAUAGACAUGUUGUUGUUGUCGUUGUUGAUGUUGAUGUCAUUGCUGGUGAGCUGCUAACGCCUUUAGGGCAUCUGUGUUUGGUAUUGAGAAUGUGGGGGGUUAGAGUCCUGAAAAGGCGUUGUCCCUGUUUCUGUUUUUUGCGCUAACUAACUUGCGUCGUCUCUGGCACGGGUUCUUCUGGUGUCUUGGGCAGCGCAGUUUUAAAUUUAUACUCCGUUAUGGUAUGCAGAGUUACCGGUUACUGUUUUCGACCAAUAUGGAUUAUAGACUUUCGGCCACUGACAGAAAUAAGGAGGCACCCCGUGGGGGCGUUGGAUUGCUUGCAUAGCAGCAUCGCAGCAGGGGUGGGGAGACGAGGGGGCAGGGGAAGUAGGAGAAACCGAUCCCGGUGUUGCGGUUAGCUUUUUAGUGGCUUCUCGGUUUGGGUAUCGCGCUAACGAGGGGGUGUCAGCCUUCCAUGUUUGGCGCGCUCUUGCCGGCAAAGUUAUGCGGUUGGCUCGUCUUUUGACGUCCGCGGCCUUUUUGCUUUAUUGGGCCGGCCGAGCCGUUUCGGCCGCUUAAAUAUAACCGUAUUAAUAGUAAUGAAUAAAGGUAUUAACAUAGGUUUGGUUGUCUGUAGCUGGACGGUCUUAGUGACGGUCAAUGUGGGGGCUAAUAAUGGAUGAGAGAGGCCGGCAGACUAUGAAGGUCUGUUUAUCCAGCGGCCUGGAUCGGCGGCGGCAUCGUAGCUUUGGGGGAAGGGCCCGAAGGACAGAGUUGGAGGAGCGGGAAGUAAAAAAGCCGAGGUAGAACCUUGUUGGGAUGCUGAGGAGGAGCUGUCGAGAGGGAGAUGUUACGGCGCAAACCUGUGUACGGCAAGUUGCCUGCCUUUUUGGAACGAACCCGCUUUUGGAACAAGUUGGUAAUUCAGGAGCUAGUGUGCUCGUUGGGCGCAUACGCGCGCGUAUUGGAAUAGAAGAAGUGCGUAAGUGUUUUCUGUUGCGUAUAUGCGUGUGUGCACCUGCGUAUGGCAUUUGGGUUCGAAAGGUAUCGACCUCGGCUUUGAAGGUAGAGGAAGAGGUAGAGGGGCUGCUUACGCUAAUGGGGGGUUUGAUGGAAAGGGCUGGGUUGCUGUCGGGGCUGCAUAGGGUGAAACCUUCUGCGCGCCGGCGCCCUCAGAUGCACGCAUGCCUACUUUGUUGUCCGGAGUUGAUAUUGUUGAGAGGUAAUGACCAACGCUGGACAGGGAGGGCAGAGAAGGUGGUGAGGUGAGGUAAACGAUCGAUGGAUUAUGCGGAAGACAAGGCACAUGAGAAGUGGAGUUGAAGGUAUGUGGGCGGAUGCACGUGAAGCCUGUUUUGGGCCCACUACAAGCCAUUGUGUGACAUGACAUUGGGAUAUUUGUUGAGGAGAGAUCUCUUUGGGAGAGCUUGAGAGCGGCACCGGGGCAUUGAACACGAAAGUGCACUACCAUGCGUUCCGUGGCGAUCAUUCGGUUGAUCGCAAGGUUCGCGCAACCAUCCGUGCAUAUUGACACUGCGACCUUUGCCUCCUGACACCGCCACGUCGCUCUUGUGUGUUCAAUGUCCAGGCCUCGUUGGGUUUGAGAGCCAUGUGGUGGAAUACGAAUGACCAUUUGGAUGUCAUUGUGGAUGCGACUGCGUAUUGUUGGAUAAGACCCGAGCUGUCAACAGUUUGGGGCGGUAGAUCUGUGGCAAUGGAAGGUCAGUUCGACAGUCGGUAGCUAUCGAUAGCAAUAGCAGUAGUGGAGGUUACACUCUUUGGUUGAGGACCAUACCAGGGUGGACUGCUUGCUUUAGAGCGCCCUGGGUAGUAUACGGUACAUGAGAGGGGAGGAGAGAAUAAGUAAUGAGG